AUGUCGUCUCAUACCUCAUCUACUCCAUGUCAUCCAGAGAAUAUUAGGAGGAACCAAGCACCACCAGAUCCUCCGCCUGGCCCUACAGACCAGGAUAUGCGGAGUGCGGUGAAGUUGUUGACUAGCUUGCUAGCUGCUCAGGCUCAGAGGCAGAAUACUGGUGUUGAUAAACCGGCUAGUACGAGAGUUCGUGAUUUUAUUAAUCUAGAACCUCUACUGUUUACCGGAUACGACCUGAAGGAGGACCCACAGACUUUUAUUGAUCAAGUUCAUCGUACAUUGUGGGUUAUGCAUGCUACUGAUACAGAGGCAGUAGAGUUGGCUUUUUAUCGCUUACAGGAUUUAGCGGUUUUCAUGUAUGAUAGUUGGGAGAGAUCCAGGGGUCCAAACGCUCCUCCAGUUGGUCAGGGUUCGCGGGCAUCAGGCUCGCAACAUCACAGGGAUACUAGUCAGACGAGACCCCCAACACCACGUUGUGAUCAGUGCGGCAAGGCCCACUUUGGACAGUGCCAUCAGGGUUCUGAUGCGUGCUAUUCUUGCGGACAGCCUGGCUAUAUGAUGCGGGAUUUCCCUUACAGAGGAGGUGGUAGUAUGGCUCAGCCCACUGGAUCUAUGUCUGGUUCUUCCUCAUCAGUUUGA